UGCUGCGCGCUCGUGCCGCGGUGAGCUUGAAGCAGCUGGUCCUCGGCUGUGACUCUGGGACCUUUCCCUUCACCUUGUCUCGCACACGCUUGUUCCUACGGAGCUCACGAGUCUACGAAGUCAUCCCCAAGAAUGGCAGAUGACGCCUCCCGAAUCGAGAGGCUCCAUACUCAUGACCUCGAACUUGGUGCCACAGAAGUCCUCAAGCAGCAUUUUGCACGACACGUUGUUGCAGCACGUCCAGUAUCGCAGCGGAAACUCGACUUCGAGCACGCAAGACCGAGAUGGCUUAGAGAAUGUGUUGCUGAGGCUACUGGAGUGUUCUUCUACGUCCUGCCCGGCAUUGCGGCGAUCGCGGCUUUCACUGUCAGCAAAGCGAACGCUGGGUAUGGAAGCAUAUUCGCUAUAGGUCUGGCAUUCGCUAUGGGCAUCGCCUUUGCCAUCACCAUCUGUGCACCUGUUUCUGGAGGUCACUUCAACCCUUGCAUAACCAUCUGCUUCGCCAUCUUCCAAGGCUUCCCACUAAAGAAGGUACCGCACUACAUUCUCAGCCAGCUCUUCGGUGGUUUCCUUGCUGCUCUGUUCUUGAUGGGCAUGUAUCAUGUACAGCUCGGCGACUAUGAACACACAUUGAGGACAGCUGGAGCGUCAUCCAUGGUCUUCGAGGGAGGUCCAGCUAGUGUGCUUUGCUCCUUUCCUGGUCUGGCCCAGACGAAUUUGGGUUACUUGUUCUUCAUUGAAUUCUUCACGAGCGCCUACGUCGGCAUCAUCAUCUGGGCCGUGCUCGAUCCCGCAAACCCUUUCGUCUCACCAUCCGCUGCACCUUUCAUGAUUGGUCUCGGCUAUGCGACCAUAGUCUGGGGCUUCGGUGGUAUUACUGUUGGUCUUAAUACCGCAAGAGAUCUCGGACCUCGAAUCGUUGCGGCAAUCUUCUAUGGCAAGGAAGCCUUCACAUAUUACCAUUAUUCCUGGAUCCCGAUUCUGGUCAAUAUCCCUGCCACAAUCUUUGCUGUCAGCUUCUAUGAAGUAUUCUUCAGAGACAGUCUGCAAAAGAUCGGAAAAGGUGCUGCGUUCCAUGAGAAUGGGGAGGAAGGAUUGGCUUUGCAUUUGACCAAGACUGGGAUCAGUGCUCAUCAUGAUAAGAUGUUGGUUGAUGCGGUUGGCGAGAAGAUGGCUUGAGCACGGUGAUGCGCUCAGAAGUAAGGCAAAGUCCUCCAGCACGAUUGGGAGUUGCAAUUGUGCUUGGCAUUGAUUGCAGCUGCAGUUGUCAAAGGUCUUUUACUAAUCUCACAGCAGAAUGCAAGCAACUGCAACGGGCCCAUGCACUUACACAGACAUUGCAUGUAAGGUACCUUCUCACAACAAAGGUCAAGGAAUCGUCAAGGUUAUUUUGCGGUAUGCGAAUCCAACGCACGCAGCAAAGCUUCUACCUUUUUCGAGCCUGCAGCUCAUCGAGUAGCAUGGGCAUGUCGCUCUUUGCAGCUUCGUUGUCGCAACUGACAUCGCGCCAUCUGGCAACGAGCUCAAGCGUCGAACUCAAUCCUUAUAGCACCACACAGCAACCCCACUUCCAUUGCUACAUCCAGUAAAUGCCGACACAAAUUCCAUGUUGCUUCACAG